CGGCGGAGACUCUGAACUCCACCGGACCCCUCCAGCACGUCUGCUGCCCCGGAGCCGCUGAGCCGAACCCGGAUCAUCCAGCCCGGUCCUCCGCUGCCUGCACGAGACAUGCCGCACGAGGCCGCGCGUCACCUCCUCACCUGCAACAGGGAUCCGGAUCGACGCGUCCUGAUGGAGCUCAGAGCGACUCCGUGUGAGCUGGACCUCCCUGACGGUUCUGGUCCCCGGGUCGUCCGUCGGAUCUCCACCAACAGCCGGGAACGUUGGCGUCAGCAGAACGUUAACGGGGCGUUCAGCGAGCUGCGGCGUCUCAUCCCCACUCACCCCCCCGACAGGAAGCUCAGCAAGAACGAGAUCCUGCGCCACGCCCUCAGGUACAUCAGCUUCCUGGACCGGGUGCUCACAGACCAGGACCUCAGAGGGGCCCCCCGGGGCCGAGCGGGGAGCCUGGAGCGGGAGGACGGGCCGCAGGGGACGCUGUCUCCAAACUCCAGCUGUGACAGUUCAGUGGAGGGGGACUGGGACAGCCUGACGGGGGACCAGGACUACAGAGGUCCCGUGCAGAACCUGGACCAGGCGAGCUGGCAACCAGCUGAUCAGACAGGCUGGAUCCAGCAGAGACCAGCAGGGCGAGACCAGUCCGGCUGAUCCAGCAGAGACCAGCGG